GACAUCGAAAUGGCUAACACUUUCGAUCCGGAGCAGGACUUCCCGGAAGUGUACAAGGUCUGCAAGUUGUUUCAUCCGAGCAUUGACGACCUUGAGAAGAUCAGAAACUAUAUGGAUCGUGAGAUUACGAUGGGACUGAGCCGCGAUCAUCACGAUCGUUCGACGGUUCCGUGCCACUUGAGCUAUGUGCAGGAUUUGCCAACGGGCAGGGAGCGCGGCCAGUUCUUGGCCCUGGAGAUGAUGCCCACUAACUGCCGCAUAAUGCUGGUGCGGUUCAGCAGCGAAAACGAUAUAUACACCAGCUCCAAAUGCGUGAUAAUGCCGCAUACUGUGGCAGCGGGUCGAGGAACCGAGAUCUUCAACUUUCUGGCCACCGGCAUUGCCAAUUUUGUGAAGGAGAAAAAGGUGGAAAAGGAGAAUCUGCCGCUGGGCAUUGCCUUUGCCUUCACCCUGAAAAAGCACGCUUUGGACAUGGGCAUCCUGGUGUCGUGGACCAAGGAGUUUGGCGCCCAAGGCGCCAUUGGCAAGGAUGUGGUCCAGCUGCUGCGCGAUGCACUGGCCAAGUUCUCCGAUAUAUCCGUCGAAGUCAUGGGUAUCAUCAAUGUGGGAGCCGGUUCCCUGCUGGGUCUGUGCUGGGCCCAGCCGGAUACCCGCAUGGGCUUGAUCAUGGGCAGUAUUGCCAAUAGCUGCUAUGUGGAAAGGGUCGAGAAGUGUGAAAUGUACGAGGGUGAGGAGGGUAGAAGGCUAAUGAUCAUUAAUUCGGACUGGGCCCAUUUCGGGGAUACCGGGCAGCUGGAUUUCAUACGUAACGAAUUCGAUCGCCAGCUGGACACGGAGUCCAUUAAUCCGGGCACUCGCAUCUAUGAGAAGUUCAGCGGGGCUCUCUGCAUGGGGGAAUUGGUACGCAUUAUAGUGCUUCGCCUGAUGAAAUCGGGCGCCAUCUUCGCCGAGGACAGGCGUGAUUACAUAGGGAUCCAGUGGAAGCUGGACAUGGUGUCGCUGAUCGAAAUAGUCUCGGAUCCACCGGGUGUCUACACAAAGGCCCAGGAGGUGAUGGACAAGUUUCGCAUACGUCACUGCAAGGAAAAGGAUCUGGCUGCCCUGAAGUACAUCUGCGAUACGGUCACAAAUCGAGCUGCAAUGCUGGUGGCCAGUGGCGUGUCCUGCCUCAUAAACCGCAUGCACUUGCCACAGAUCUCUAUCGCCGUCGAUGGCGGCAUCUACCGCCUUCAUCCGACCUAUGCCACCGUUCUGAAUAAGUACACCCGGAUGCUAACCGAUCCCAAGUACAAAUUCGAGUUUGUCAUCACCCAGGACAGUUGCGGAGUGGGAGCGGCCAUAAUGGCGGGAAUGGCACACGCCAACAAGUACAAAACGGACGCGAAGUUGUUCACUAUGGAUUACUAGAGUGCUUAAAUAAAUUGCGAUUAUGU